AUGUUUGGUCAAAACGAAAACGAUGGAGUUCAAACAGUAAAUAAAAUUGAGGCAAAUAAUGGCGAAGAAUAUAAUAAGCGUGUUGAAGAAGAAGCUAAUAAGUUAGGGCAACAGAAUGAUACAGAGCAGGAUCAAUUAAAUACUGAUUUACGUCAAUCAUUAACAAGAAGUGGUCAGCUACAUAAUCAACCAAAUAUAGAGGUAACAUCUCGAGUAGUAGAAGGUGUAGAUGAGACUUUUAUAGCAAAGCAUAUAAAUAAUGAUGGUAUACAAGAUGGUAAAGCAGUGAUGCGAACAUUGGAAAUGAUCGCAGUGUAA